AUGGCGAUAAACUUCAUCUUGCCCACCACAAUCCCCACAGCCUCUGCCUCCCUCCUCCCCAUCCGCCGCCAUCCCGCUGCCGGCCCCCUCCCCUCCCCCCUCAAGCCCAACCGCUUUCGAAUUCCACCCAAACCCCCACGCUUCUCCAGAGUCCCCUCUAUCUCCCCCUCCCUCAAGACCCCGACAGUCGGCGUCCUCUCGUCCGUCGCCUCAACCUUGAGGACCCUCCUAUUCCUGCUCGCCGCAGGCCUCCUCUCCCUCUCCGGCGUCCGCCCGCUUCCCGCCCUCGCCUCCGCUCCCCCGCCUACUCUGCAGCCACAGGAAAUCGAGGGGCAAGACGAUGACGAGCAGCAAGAAUGCGAAGAAAGGAAGCAGGAGGUCGAGAAAGCAGAGGUAAAAGAGAAAGAGGAGCAGCAAGAGGAUGAGGACGACGAUGAGAUGCGUAUGUAUUCGGCGAUUCUGAGCCGCAGCCCGGGCGAUGUGGACGCGCUCAAGUGCGCGCUGUACGCCAAGAUGAGGCGCGCGGACUGGGGCGGCGCGCUCCGGUACGCACGGCGCCUGCGUGACGCCGAGCCCGGCGAGGUGGAGUGGCGGCUGAUGGUGGCGCAGCUGCACGAGCUCAGUGGGGACCUCGCCGAGGCCGAGCGUCAGUUCAGGGAGGUUCUAGCAGAGGACCCGCUUCUCCUCCGUGCUCUCCAUGGAUUCGCACUGUGUAUGCAUAAGAAACUCGAAGGCCCUACUGUUUUUGAAAUACUUGAGAAUGCUUUGCAAGUUGCAGUUUCUGAAAAAAGGGUCCCGGAAGAGCGUAACAUAAAGCUUUUGAUUGCACAGAUGCAUGUUGUCAAGGGUCAGUUCGACGUUGCAGCUGAGAAACUACAAAAUCUUAUAGAUGAGGAUCCUCGAGAUUUCCGACCUCACCUUUGCCAGGGCAUUGUGUAUGCACUUUUAGACAGGAAAGAAGACGCAGAUAAGCAAUUUGAUAUAUACAGAAGCCUUGUGCCAGAUGAAUUCCCAGAUAAGAGUUUUAUUAAUGAUGUUAUACUAGCAGCUAAAAUGGAGUCAGAUGAUCGGAUACAAAAGGAAUUUGGAUCAGAAUUUCUAUCAAAGAAAUGAUCCCUUAGGAUUUUCAUAGCUGAACGUCUUGAUGCUUCUGGUAGAGGGUAGAUACGUUGCAGAUGAAAUAUAAUAAAGGGAGGUGAGUGAGAGGUACUUCUCCUAGCAUUAUUUUUCUUUGCUCCUUCUCCUCCCUGCUGUCACUUCGCAUUAGAAUAUAAUGAUGAGAGGUCAAGUAUUUAUGUCCAUCACAGAAAAAUCUGCUUGAAAGUUCAUACUGAAAGAAGUGUACAUUGCGAGUUCACUGAGUUGUGAAAUGCUAUACAAGUGUACAUACUGAAAGAAGUUGUAAACUCUCUAUCACAGUAAAGUAUUACCUCCCCUCUUUUGCACUAGCGUA